UAUAGGCUGACAAAAGAGACUGAACCUCAAACCAAAAACCCCUAAUCUCCAUUUCCAGGGUUUCUGAUUAUUGAUUUUUGGGGAGAAAAGCAAGGUGAAAGCAGAGAUGAAGGUUUUUGAAAUCAAUGGCAACACUCUCUCGCUUACCCUCUUCAUUGACGUCACCAACUCUAAGGAACUUAAAGAAUCUAUGCAAGCUGGGAAACUGGACCCUGAAGCUUCAUAUCUUAAUGCAUCACUUAUUCCAGAUGUUUUCCCUGUUCUAGUUGCAGCGUGUAAGGCGCUUAGUCCAGUGCAUUCUGAGUUUGUUUACAGUUACUUGGUAUCUAAGCAUAUUACAGAGUCCUUGAAAAGAGGUGGUGUCUCUGAUGAUUCGAGUUAUGAUUUAAUGCUUCUCGUGAUGAGGUGGUACUGUAUCAUAUAUAUACAUGUUUUGCUUGUGGCUAUUCACUAUUUCUAUCUUCGACUAUAUCCCGCAUAUUCGACGUUAAUGUUACAUUAAGAGUUUCCAAUAAAUGAAAGCUGUGAAGAAACUUAUCGAUGGAAAAGAGAUUGGUUUAGAAGAGUUGGAAGGAAGAGCAGACCAAGCUUAGAUACUAAAGCACUACAAAAUAUUCGGCCCCGAGCUAGGAAUGUCCACUAUUGCAGAUGCCAUAACAUGUCGCAUUGCUGCUCAGGAUGCUCUAUAAGAAUGGUGAACCAUUGUCUUUUAUCUUUACACUUUCGUUGUUUUACUCACUUCUUAUGCUUCCCAUUGACUUUCAUUAAUAGAGAUUAGUUUGUUCUGUUUACGAUAUAGAUUAGGGUGGCAUUGCUUCUCAGUCAAUGUUGCCAAAGAUAUGCAAAUGCCAAGGUAAUUAUGGUUUAAACAAUGCUGUUUUAGAAUAGAGGCAAUGGCAAUUGAAAUUACCUGGAAAUUGAGGCCUUGUAACACUAUUAUAUUUGGACUUUGGUGCUACAUAUAUAUAUAAUUUUACAGGAAUUUUUUUCCACAUUAACGCUACAAUCUAGUGCUUCAUUUUAUUCAUAAUACAUGCAAUUUAUAUUUCAAAGUGCCAAAGGCCAGCCUAUAUAAAAUGUUGGUCAAAUUGUGAUUUUGAUACUUCUAUUAUGCUGAAAAUUUUAGUCCCUGUACUCUAAUUUGGCAUUUUAUGGUCCCUCUACUUUUUCUUUAAUGUUAUUAUUGGAAUAAUCAACGGCUUGAAUUACUAAGUUAAAUUAAAAUAUAAGGACUGAAUCAUAAAUUUGAGCAUAGUAGAGGGAUCCACACCAGAAUUUGACCCAAAAUGCUAACUGAAACCACCUUUUUCUGAAAUGGGUAGUUGUUUGAAAAUUUUGGUGGUUUACCUCUCUCUGAAAUCAUUUCUGCAAAUCAUUUGAAUCUGAAAAUGGGCACUUCUCAAAGCCAUGAAGGUGGCAUCAUAGAUUCAGAUUGUGAAGAAGAAGAAGAAGAAGAAGAAGAAGAAGAAGCUGAGGAGCAAUACGACGACGCUUUAGGUGAUCACCAGAAAUCUGGAUCCUCUUCAGGUACCCACAAAGGCCUCGAUGAAAUCGAUGCUAAACUCAAAUCCCUGAAACUGAAAUACAGUUCUUACCAACAACAGGGAAACCCCAAUCUGAAAAACCCCGUAAAGCUCUUACUUCACAUCGGAGGAAACACCCCCAAAGCCAAAUGGGUAAUCUCUGAGACGCUCACUUCGUAUGAUUUCGUCAAGACAGCUAAAACCAACGGCAACGAUGAUGAACUGGACAGUGCAGGGUGGGUUUUGGAAGUGGGGUCUAAAGUUAGGGUUCGGGUUUCGACUGAAAUGCAAAUGAAAAUGUUUGGGGAUCAAAGAAGAGUUGAUUUCGUUGAUAAAGCUGUUUGGGCUUUGAAGUUUCUGAGUGAUUAUGAGUAUAGGAAUUUCGUUACCCUGUUUCAGAAUUGUUUGUUUGAGAAUGCUUAUGGCAUGGAAGCUAGUGAGGAAAACAAGGUCAAGGUUUAUGGGAAGGAGUUUAUCGGAUGGGUGAAACCUGAGGUAGCAGAUGAUUCUAUGUGGGAAGAUGCAAAGGAUCAUAGCACGGAUUCGGCUCCAUUUAAAGGGAGUCGAGGAUCAAUAGAGGAGUUCGAGGAAGCUGCGAAUGGAGGUGUUCGAAGUUUGGCUUUAGGUGCAUUGGAUAAUAGUUUCUUGGUAAAUGAUAUUGGUGUCCAUGUUUAUAGGAACCUUAACCGUGGGAUUAAUGGGAAAGGUAUUUGUGUUAAGUAUGAUGGUGGGGGGAAUGCGUCGAAUUUGACCCUGAAAAAGACACUGUUGAUGAGAGCCGAGACGAAUAUAAUGCUUAUGAGUCCGGCCAACAAAGGGAAGCCUAAUGCUACUGGCCUUAAGCAAGUUGAUAUUGAGACUGGGAAGAUUGUUACAGAAUGGAAGUUCGAGAAAGAUGGGACCGAUAUCACGAUGAGGGAUAUUACAACUGAUAACAAAGGGUCACAAAUGGAUCCCUCUGAAUCUACAUUUUUAGGAUUGAAUGAUAAAAUAUUGUGCCAAUGGGAUAUGAGAGAUAAGAAAGGGAUGGUCCAAGAUAUUGCCACAAGUGGUUCACCUGUAUUGCAUUGGACACAAGGGCACCAGUUCUCGAGAGGGACGAAUUUUCAGUGCUUUGCUAGUACUGGUGACGGAUCGAUUGUGGUCGGGUCACUUGAUGGGAAGAUCAGGUUGUAUUCAAAGGCUUCAAUGAGGCAAGCCAAAACCGCUUUUCCGGGACUCGGUUCUCCAAUCACUCAAGUAGACGUUACCUAUGAUGGGAAGUGGGUGUUGGGCACAACUGAUACAUACCUUAUCCUCAUUUGCACUUUGUUUACAGAUAAAGACGGGAGGACAAAAACCGGGUUUACCGGUAGAAUGGGGAACCGAAUCCCGGCACCCAGAUUGUUGAAGUUGACUCCUCUGGACUCACAUUUAGCCGGGAAUGACAACAAAUUUCAUGGUGGCCAUUUCUCUUGGGUGACCGAAAGUGGUAAACAAGAGCGUCACGUAGUCGCGACUGUGGGCAAGUUCAGUGUGGUAUGGGAUUUCCAGCAAGUGAAGAACACUAGCCAUGGAUGCUACAGGAAUCAGCAGGGCCUAAAGAGCUGUUAUUGCUACAAGAUUGUGUUGAAGGAUGAGUCUAUUGUAGAGAGUCGUUUCAUGCACGACAAAUAUGCCGGUAGUGACUUGCCAGAAGCUCCACUCAUUGUGGCAACACCCUUGAAAGUCAGCUCGAUCAGCCUCUCCGGCAGUGGACGAUGACUCCUACCUGAGUAAUUGUUUUGUUGGUUCUUGUUGAAUGAAAUUUUAUUUGCUUUGCUCUCUAUAGGAUUUAUAUAAUCAUAUUGCUAAAUUAUUUGUUCCAUUGGUGCAAUUUAGAUCUUUUGGUGUUGUCUUUAGAAGUGUACAUGAAUUAGACAGAUUUAAAUAUAUAAUAUUAUAAUGUGCUUAA